CAGGUAGGGGGUUGGGAGUUGCCAGUUCCUGUUACAAUUGUGUACAUGGUCCAGCGUGUCUUGAAACUUGUCCUGGCCUCCUAGUGGGCAGGGCUGGGGCCCAGCUGGUCCCAAGGCAAAGCCGGGCCUGCUGUGGGCAGGUGGGGUCAGCAGGCUAUGGCAUUGUGGUUUUCUUGCCUCUGGUGUCUGCCCACUGGUGGAUGAGGCUGGUCCAGAGUCUGGAGUGGGCUCCCUGGAGGGCAAAGUCAGGGCCCUGAGAAUUCUGGAACGGGCGUCUGCCCACUGGCGGCUGUGAUGGGUCUGGGCCCUUUGGUGGGAGGGACCAGCCAUCUCCUGUGGCUGCUUUGGGCUCAGGAGACUUGAGGCAACCUGUCUGCCAGUGGGUGGGGCUAUGUCCCUACCUAGUCGGGUGCUCGGCUUGAGGUGUUCUAGCGCAGGCGUCCACAGGCAGGCAGUGGGCAGGCCUUGACGCUGAUGCACUGGAGGGCGGACCGCAGAACGGCACAUUCCAGCUCUGCCAGCAUGGAAGAGCCUGUCCAAAAUGUCUACCUCCAAAGUCCGCUUAAGCAGGAUGAGCCACAGCUGCCCCGCGUCUCUCCAGGACACACUCCACGACCACCAGUUUGCAAGUUGAUAUGCUGUGUGUGUGUGUGCUCUGAGUAUUACAGUGGUCAUUCUUCUAACAGUAUUAUUUACAAAAUUUUCCAAAUAUCCCCAAGCUAUGGAAUGUCCAGAGAAAUGGAUUGGUGCAAGAGACAAGUGUUUCUAUUUUUCGGAUGACACCAGAAACUGGACAGCUAGUAGAAGAUUUUGCAGUUCACAAAGAUCAGAACUUGCUCAGAUUGAUACACCAGAGGAUAUGAAAUUUUUGAAGAUGUGCACAGGAACUUCUAUGCACUGGAUUGGACUGAGCAGAGCACUGGGAGAGUCUUGGAGAUGGACAGAUGGCGCUACAUUCAAUGCCUGGUUUGAAAUUAGCGGGAAUGGACUGUUUGCUUUCCUGAACACCGAUGGAGUUUCUAGUUCCAGGGGACUUGUUGAUAUCAAGUGGAUUUGUAGCAAACCAAGAUUUUAAUAAAGGAAAAAAACUGGAAAAUGAAUAGAGUAUUUCAAACAUGAAGGAGAGGGCUAGAGUAUAAACUUUAAUAAAUAUUGGUGAUUUACAAUGUUGCAUUGGUUUCUGGUGGACAUCAGAGUUUUGCAGGUAUUAAACAAAGGAACUAAAAAUUGUUGAAUGAAUGAAUGGUUAUAGGUAGAACCUCAUCAAUUCAAGACAUAACCGCAAAUGACUAUAACUCAAUAAAAAAAUUGUUAAAAGAAAGCUUGAAAAAAAAAA